AUGCCGCUCACACCUUAUCCGUGCAAACAUUCCUUCUCUCUCUCUCGCAUCGCCACUGUCGCCAUCGAUCUGGCGGCCUACGACGUCGCCGCCGUCGCGCUCACCGUCCGCCACCUCCAAAUUUCAUCGUCCUCCCCGUCGUCUCCGCCACCCUCGUCGUCCCCCGCCGCCUCGAAUGACUUCGCCCUAGCCGACAAGGCGGCUCCUAGAGGACAAGGUACUAUUGUCUAUCGACUCAGGCUGCUGACUGUGAACAAGGCGGCUCCUAGAGGAGCCAGGGUGGAGAAGGCUGUGGAGAUGUUCCAUCGCUACGUGAGUGAACUUGGGAUCGCACUAUUGUUGGUGGAGCUGUUCAGCGAGCAUGGCAAAGUGGUCGAUGCCAGGGUCGUCUACGACAGAGACACUGGGCGCUCACGGGGAUUCGGUUUGGUGACAAUGGCGUCGCGGGAGGAACUGGAUGAUGCCAUCGCUGCCCUCGAUGGACAGAGCUUGGAGGGGCGUGCCCUAUGGGUGAAUGUCGCAGAGGAGCGGCCACCGCGGAGGUUCUAA